AAUUAUAAACAGUAGGGACUACAAAAUUAACCCAAAAUAUCUUUAAGCCUCACUCCUUUGAAUCCAGCGUCAAGCCAUUCAGCGAUCCCUCGAGCUGCCGUCGCUCAUCCUUUGCUCGAAGUAAAGUGGAAAAAGUGUUUGGAAUUGGGAUUAAAUUGGCUUAAUUUUCCGAUCCACCUGUGUUUUCAGGUUUAAGUAUAAGAGAUUUCUGGUGAUGGCAACUGCUACAUAUCCACCACCACCCCCCUUUUAUCGACUCUACAAAGAUUACUUAGAAAACCCUAAUUCAGCUCCAGCACCACCACCUCCUAUUGAAGGGACUUACAUUUGUUAUGGUGGCAACUACACUACUGAUGAUGUGCUCCCAAGCUUGGAAGAACAAGGAGUGCGUCAACUUUAUCCGAAGGGACCAAAUGUUGAUUUUAAGAAAGAACUGAGGUCUCUGAACAGAGAAUUGCAGUUGCACAUAUUGGAGCUUGCUGAUAUCCUUGUUGAGAGACCAUCUCAAUAUGCUAGGAGAGUGGAAGAUAUAUCCCUUAUAUUCAAGAACUUACAUCAUCUUCUCAAUUCAUUACGUCCCCAUCAGGCUAGAGCAACAUUGAUACACAUAUUAGAACUUCAGAUACAGCGCCGUAAACAAGCUGUUGAGGAUAUUAAGAGGCGGAGAGAAGAGGCGCAGAGACUUCUCAAGGAAUCCCUUGGAACCUUAGAAGGACAGUAGUUUAACUAAAUCUUCAUAUAUCUGCUUAGAAAAUCCUGUAGCUAGCUAAUUUGCAAGAAACUUCUAUUGCUUAAUGCCUGCAGACUCCGAGACGAUGCAGUUACAAUCUGCAAUGCUGGGGGUUUCAUAUGCUUUUUGUAUAACUUGCUCUUUGAAGUUUAUUCGGUCUAUGUAAGCUAGCUGCAUAUAUUUGGGACAUAACAUUAGUUUCUGUAGUACUUCCAUUUCUAAUAGCUAUUUUGAGCAAUGUGAUCAAUCACCUUUCAGAAA